AUGGUAAAUACUAAUGAUUGUACUGUUUUUCAGUCAAUGAAUAUGAGUUGUCAGCUGCUUCAUCCUGAUGAGGACAGAUUUUUCACUUUCGCCUUAAAUCUUGUUAAUAAAGCUGGGAUACUGGUUCGAACUGCCUUCGAGCAACCAUGUUCAGAAGUGCAUACGAAAAUGUCGAACACUGAUUUGGUGACCGAAACAGACCAAGCGGUUGAAAAGAUGUUGAUCGAAAAUCUUUCGAAAGAAUUCCCUGAUCAUAA